CCAUAGUCACCGUCAGACUACCGAUCGCAAAAUUUUACGAAAUUCCGCCCCAAACCGGGAAUUUUAUCGCGUUUUGAUGCCGAAAUAUUGGUCAGAAAGUGGCUUCAAUGGACUUCAAUCAUUGAUGAUCGUGUUUGAGAGCUGAUAAUGAUGAAGAUGAAGCUGCGAGCGGCGGGAAGCGAAAAUCACCGAUGCGACUUGAAUCCCGCUAACGGAACCGAUCGGCCGGGACAUCGGGAAAGCAGUACCGGAGCGGCUCUACUCGAUAAGGAAACGGUGUUCGAGUGGUUUGGUUUACAGCUGAGCCCGGCCGGACGUGUGGAGCUGCUCUGCGGGCUGUUGCAUAUGUGUCAGCCGUUGGAGCUACGUUUCCUUGGCGCCUGUCUGGAGGAUCUGGCCCGGAGAGAUUUCUCUGUCCUGCGAGACUUCGAGACCCGGGCCAACAGCCCAGCUGAUCUGGAAUCAUUGGUGGACGUGAGCGACGCGGUGGUGCUGUCAAAACUGCUUGUUUAUUUGUCUCUUAUUGGUUCCAAGGGCAGGGAAUGCGCCGGGAUACUGUUCAGGACGCUGAGCCGAAUGGACGCGGGGAUGUGCGGGGCUCUACCGGAGCCGGAGACGGUCGAACAGCUGCGGCUGCUCUUCACGAUGGGCUCGUUACACCCGGCGUUCAGCUUCCAUCAGCGGGAAGAGCUGCGAGCGCAACUGGACCGACUUCAAGGAUGGAGCCAGUUUUCCAGGCCGGGGUUCCUCUGUCCGCACCAGGAGAAUGAUGUAGACUGGACUCUAUUAAGCAAUCCCAAUCCGCACCUCAGCAGCACAUCACAGAGGAAAGUGGUUCAUAUUGAGAAGAUUGUUCUGAAGGAAGUUUCUGUGGGAGGAGAUGGCAGGCAGUACAGUUUUGAGGUGAAAUGGUCUGACGACACAUCCACUGCCGUCACCAAAAGUCAUCGUGAGUUAGAAGAAUUUCUGUUAAAGCUUCCAAAGGAGCAGAGUCCUGAUGGUUUUGAGAAGAGCAUUGUGAUGCUACUCAAUCGGGGAGAUCAGUGUGAACACAGAGAACUAGAGAAAACCCUCAGGGAGAGAUUCUUGUCUUUAUCACAGGAUGUUCUUCAGAGGUGUGACAUUAACAGAUUCUUUAUGUCUGAUCCGUCUUUACUGCCCUGCAGCCACUGUACCAGUGCACCUGUAGCCAGAAUCCAUCAGCCUGAACGUGGCGGGUUCUCUGAGGACUGCUCCGAGACCUCCAGUCUAGAGGAGGAUGUGGAGGCUUACAGCAUCAGAGCUACAGGAUUGAGUAAUCAGCGCUCUGAAUGCCAGCGAAGGGGAAACUGUGAGCAGAAUGGAGAGAGGGAACAGAGCUGCACAAAUGAUAGAAGAAUCCACACGCCUGGACAGAAGAGCAAAGGAAGAUCAGCUGGCAAAAGGGAGAGAAGCCGGCGAGUGGUCAGUGCAAAGAGUUCUAAUGGGAUCCAAAAACCUUCUGCAACACUGAUGAUCAACCAGGCCGCUUGCAAAGACAUAGGAAGGGACCGGUAUGGUGACACAUCAUCAGAGAGCUCAAACUCCAUGCCAUCAAGUCCUAUUCACCCCAAGAGCCUGGAGGACCAAGAUACAGAGAGUCAAUCAGAUAACUCGGCACAAGAACUGGCUGAAAAGACUAGCCUCGCCAAAAGCAUUGCCGGUAAAGCGGUUGCCAUGGUGAACCCAUUAGUGGCUGAGCCUCAGAAUAUACUGCAGCCGCCUUCAGUGGUGGAGUUGGCGCUGACCGCUUGCCUCCCCUAUGCCCUGCAGUACAACACCACCCAAAGGGACACCGGAGAGAGUAAGAUAACCAUUACGAUUCCAUUGGCCCGAGACCCGGAACCAUCAUCGGCCAGCACUCACCCACAGCAGCAGCCUCCACAGGGGGCGUUUAGCAUCCUCUCUGCUGGCCAGUGUCCUCUAAAGCCCACCAACAUCCCAGCCACAACCAACAAUCCUGUCAAGUCAAAUGUCAAGGCCACAUCAUUGCCCGUAUCUGUCUAUAUACCUUUCAGCUCGAGUUCCUGCCCCGUCUCCUCUAGCCAAGUCCCGGGAUCUUGUCAUACAAGUGUACCCACUCGCACCACGGGGCCCGGGCCCCUGCCGGCACCUGCCGUCACACACAGCACGGCUCCGAGCGAUUCCUUGUCCUACAUCAACAGCUCUAGCAUGUCAGUCACAGCACAAGCACAGCAAGGGGGCUGCAACGCCUGCGGGUGUCGUGGAAGCUGUGGAGGCAACGCCACCCACCAGUCGCCCAGUUACUUCUUGCCCCCUCAAGCUGCCCGUCAAAUGUUUGGGCCACCGCCCCCCUUCUUCCAUCUUCCUCCGUCUCUAUGCAACAGUUUCCCUGCCCAAGGUCACCAAACUAACGGGUCACUUCUGCCCUUCUACGCCCACACUGGUCCUCCCACUGCUUUUCUUCACACCCACUCAGAUCCUAUGAUGGCUUCACAAGCGGGCUACAGCAUGCCUCAAAUGCCCCCUUUUCGACGGUUCUACCCACCUGUUUUUCCACCGGUGGGCCUGAUGUCAGGUGGAACUGGUCCAAAAAAGCUCACCAAUGUGUCCUGCUAUAACUGCGGUAUGAGCGGGCAUUACGCCCAAGACUGCAAACAACCGUCCAUCGAUGCCGGGCUGACGGGUAACGGCAGGGCCAGGAAAUGAUGAUGUGGUCAGAAACGUACUCUACGCAAGUGGUUUCCGGCUGAAGUAUGUUGCCCCAACCUCCUCGGAAACACUAGACAAAAAUGAUUGACAGAGAGCAGGGGAACAAGCCAUUCCAGAGAUGCUUUAGACUGAUUUUUAUGUUUGUAUUUACAUUCUUGUCAAGAGAGCCCAUGCAAAGGGAGCCACAGAGGAAGAGAAUAUAUGAAAUGUUUGGACACGGCCACAAUGAUGGCAAGACAAGUUGGCAAGGUGCAAAACCUUAAAAUGUGGUUUUCUUAGGAACUCGAUUAUCUAGUCCUAGUUUAAGUAGGAGAAGUGGCAAGAGGUUUUUGUUUUAGGUUCAGAAUAAGUACUUUAUUUUUGUCAGAAGACUUUUUUAUGAACUCUUUAAUAGCAUCUGGCGUAAUGAGGAAAAAUGAAGCUUGAGUUCUCCAUUGCAGUAUUUCUUUUUAAUGACACGGGUGAAUCUGUAUUGGCUUUUAUACUUGCUAUGAUCAGUUAAAGGGGUGGUUCACCCAAAAAUGAAAAUUCUGUCAUCUACUCAUCCUCAUGUUGUUCCAAACCUGGAUGCUGUGAUAUUUUCCAUUGAACACAAAAGUAGAGUUUUCAAAUAAUCUUUACCCAGCUCUUGCCAUGCAACAUCAGAUUAUAGUGACCAUGCUUGUCUAGCUCCAAAAAGACAAAAAAGUAGACCAUACGACUCGUGGACUGUAUUGAAAGUCUUCUGAGGCCAUCCAAAAAAUAAUUUCUGAACGUGCACAAGAUGCAAGCUUUGGCCGAGGUGAAGGUUAUCAGUGAAUAACAACUUAAUUUCGGUCUGUUUAUCACACAAAGCUUUUGUUUUCGGAAGACUUGGAAUGAAACCAGUCAUACGGACCACAUUUACCGAUUCUUCAAAAACAUAUUUUGUGUUCCACAGAUAAAUAACAACAAGAAGGUUUGGAACAAUGUGAGUGUGUAAAUCAAGAAAGAAUUUUAACUUUGGAUUAACUAUUCCUUUAUGCAAGAAAAACAAUACACAGAUGUGUUUUCUGUGAACAUAGUUCGAAAGUUCUUUAUAUGUUAUCAAAGAUUUGCUUUUGCCCUCUGAUAACGUUGAUAAAGAGAGAAGAUCAAAGCUAAUAAUGAUGCUCAUUUUUUAAAUUAUGCUGCUGGUUUGCCCUGAUAUUGUUUCAGACAUGAUGCACAACAGCAGUUCUCUGAAAAAUGUGAGUCUUGUGUUUAUAAUGCACUGAAAUACCCAGAUUUGCAGUUACUGCCUCCAUUUACAAGCUCUGACCAGUAGAGAGCGUAAGAGUUUUUUUACCAUGCAGCUUCAGAUCUCGACACCAGUGUAUUAAAGUCUUCAUGGCGUAGAAGACUGCAUUGUGUGGACUAUUUUAUUCAAACAUACUCAUUCUAAGCUUAAAGCACUGUUAUGAGGGAAAACCUAAUAUAUUUUCAAUGUAAAAGAUGUAAGAAAGGUGUUCGUUAACAUGGGACAACUCUUGAGCAUCCAAAAAAAACCUUGUGUGCUGAAAAUGUUUUCUUAUAAUUGUCAAAGAAAAAGCAGGCGUGCCUAUUGUCAUGAGAUCAGUUUAAAGUGUGUAUUGACAAGUAUCUCAGAAGUCUUAAUUAUUUGUUAAAAGUAAACUAUUAAAAUAUCAAAGUUGUCAUCAUUUGUGAAAUCUUGCUGAAAUUGCCAAAGCAGCCCUACCUUUUUAUAUACAGAUUUGGCAUGUUUCUAUUGAGGAAAUUUCCUGUACUGAUUUUAUUCUGAUAUUUUCAAAGACAUUUUGAUGAAGGGCUCGAGGCUUUUAAUAUGGUUGUCCAUGUCUAGCACAUAUACUGUAACAUUUACCUGCAGCUGAUUCGUUAUGCACAAUUCGUUGAUUGUGUUACAGGUUUUAAAAUGUGCUUUGAAUGAUUUUUCUGGUAAAAUGAACACUAAUCUGUAAAUACUCUGGAGGGAGUUAACUACUCGAGGUUGAACCCAAAAACCUGUCGACUGUAUUCGUUACACUUUUUAUAGAUUUAUGAAGCUGUACUGUAUGAAUAUGGCUCUGCCUCUUUAUGUUUACUGUCAUAUGUACAUGUUGAUUAUCUGUACUGAGAGCUCAAAUUAAUCUUAUCACAUUUGCAUUUUCUGGCAAAUUGACAAUUUCUGUCAAAAUAUCAGCAAUAAACAUAAA